CGCAACCCGAUGCACGCAGUUUCGCCAAGGAAGAAACUAUCAAGGUUUUAAACCUGCUAGAGGAAGCCGAAGGAUUUACUGAACUGAGGAAACGUAUAUUUGACUCGGAUGUAGACCAACUCGUAGACGGCUUAAAGAACGUUGAAGCUGGUAUCAGGUGGAGCGAGAUGCUCAAUGCUCUGCAGAAGCUAGUGACAGAGAAGAAGCUGGACAGCGGAGAACGAAUUGUGGGCGUUUUGGAGCAAUGGAAGACCGGUGUAAGGGGACAACUAGACAACGGGUACUUCAACAGGACUUACGGAGAAGGUGUCAACGGUGAAGCUCACAAAGUGGGCGAUUAUGAUGAAGGUGAGUUGGAAUCGAUUCUUGGCUUGGGCGCAAAGACGAACAUCGAUUAUUCAACUCCCACGGUGGAAGGAACAUCAACACCAAAAGUGGAAAUAACGACGAAGAAGUCAUUACUAUCCGGAAUACUUCCUGGAUUGAGCUGGCUUGGUGGCACUGAUAGUAGCAAAAAAUCAACAUGAAUCGUCGAUCAUUUCACAGUCUCAGUAAUACCUCAUAGCACCUUUGUAGAAGACCCACUUUCUAAUCAUCUUUUUGCAGAUCCUCAGCUAUCCAGAGACUACGACACCGAAGAAUUUCACCCAGUAGACGCCAACCACCCCGACAUCGCAUAUCUCAUCCCCCACAUAAUCUAUCAGCUUCGCCUAGGGAACAUAUCCGAACAGGAACAACUUACGAUGGCGGCAAUCUUUGAAGAUCAAUGGCCCCUGAUAGUGGAAGAAGCCUUCCGGUCCGAGCAGGAAGAGUAACAAGGUACCUACAACAAUUUGGGUGCACUUAUACUGCCGCAUUACUGCUGUUUCGUGUUUCCAAAACAGAUAACCUUUUUAUUGUGGGACAGAAAAGCCUUUCUCUUCUCUGUGCGUUUCCUUUUCUCGCAUUCGUCGACGUCGUAGGUAAUUGCCAAAUUGUGCCCUUCAAUAGAUGAUAAUGAAACUCUUACCUGCGGAAACCUGAAAGUUGAGAGGAUGAAAUGUUUUGGACAGCUCAGUUACUCAACAGCACUCGAACGACUCGGAUCAUGCAGAAAACGUAAUGGCAUGCAAAAUACUAGCCUUGAUCAUUGUGAUCUUGAUUGAUUUAGUUCGGACAGCUCCCACGUGGUACAACUACGAAACGUGGAACAACGGCCCCGACCUCACCUACAAAGACUAUCUGAAAAAAGUGGGUGCCUAUCCGAGAAUCUUCCGGUACGGAACCCAUGUGGAUCCGGUCUAUCAAACGGACUACAACAGUUGGUUUGAUCCGGUUCCCAGUUAUCAACAAACAGCUUCCUACCAGCAGUAUGAUGGAAACAGUUGGUGGCAAGACUAUUGGAAUCAACCGGGCUACAUACGGUAUGACGACUCCUAUGAACAGUAUGCUCAGCAGCAGGCCCAGCAAAUGGAACGGGAUGUGUCGGAUAUAUUGUGGCAGUGGUGACGGUGUUGUUAUUCUUAAGUAUUUAUUAUUAGCAGCUGAUGUUGGAUCGUACAGAUUGGAUGAGGUUUAAUCAUGUGAAUAUAUAACAUAAGAUACUUAAAUUUAGUUUAAAAUAAAAACACUACUUGGCAUAAUACAUUAAAAAAAUUGAUCUUUG